AAUCGACGUUGACAGUGACGAUUCGCUCGUCACUUCCGGCGGUGGGCAAGAUGGCGGCGCCCGAAGAGCUGUUCGUGUGGGAAGGAGACUGGGGUCUGCCGUCCGUCAACAGCGAUUGUUUGGUAGUUUUGGCGUACGCUCAAUUUUCCGGUGCUCCUCUCAAAGUCCACAAGUUAAGCAACCCGUGGAGAUGUCCAGGAGGUACCAUUCCCGCACUGAGGACUGCCCACAAGGAGGCGCUGUGGCGACCCUCUGACAUCAUCGUCCACCUCCAAAAACAGAAGUACAACGCCGACUUUGACCUGUCGCCCAAGGAGGCCGCAGACAGCCUGGCCUUCGUCGCGCUGGUCCAAGAGAAACUCUCGCCGGCCGUGCUGUAUGCGCUGUGGGUGGAGCCCAAGAACUUUGCGGAGGUGACGCGGCGCUGGUACGCCGAGCAUGUGUCCUUCCCACUCGGCCUGGUCUUGCCGGACCGCAUGCGGCGCCAAGAGCUGGACAAAUUGCGCCUGCUGCGAGGAGACGCCAGCCUGGAGCCCGGCGACGAGCUGGAGAAGGAGAGCCCGGGCUGGCCUGUCAGCAUGUAUCGCAGCGCCACUUCAAGUCAAGCUCAAAGGGGUUCCGAAAAAAAGUUGUACGACGACGCCACCAACUGCAUGGACCUGCUGGCGCAACGACUCGGAAUGCAAAAGUUCUUCUUUGGAGACUCGCCUUCGUCUCUCGACGCGGUUGUGUUUGGCUGGCUGGCCCCCAUCCUCAAGUGCGAGCUCCCCAGCGGGAAGUUGCAGCAACAUCUCAAGUCACUGGACAACCUGCACGCCUUCUGCGCCAACAUUCUGCUGGUCUACUUCCCCCAGAACGGCGGUCCCCGAUUGGGGUGUUCGGCCAAGAGCUAUGAUGUGGAGCACGUGCCCAACCGGCGCGUCAAGCAGUUCCUGUCGGCGCUGGCGGCAGUGGGCGCCAUGCUGUCCUAUGCCUUGCUCACCGGCAUGGUGUCCGUCCAGCGCGGCCACAAGGGGGUGCUGGAGGGCCGACGACAUUCGGCUGGCCCUGAGGACGACGAAGAUGAGGACUGACUGGCUUUGGAAGAUGAGGACUGACGUUGGCAGACGACGACUGAAGUUGGAAGACAAGGACUGACGUAGACCGAUUUCGUUGGAAGACGAAGACUGACAUUGCAGACCGCUUCCGUUGAAAAACAAGGACUGACAUUGCAAACCGCUUCUUUGGAAUUUCCCCCGCGUUUCCUUCACGUUUCUCAGCCGUCUUUCUUCCCUGUUUGACAUCAUCCACCUUUCUUGUUUCCUCUCUUUUGUUGCGCUGAUGUUUCCUCUGAGCUCCUGUCACGUUUCCUUCCUGCUUCCUCCAUGUUGACAUGUGAAGUGUCAUAAGUAGAAUCUUUUUUUUUUUUCCUUUUUGAAAUAGUGUCAGUAACGCUCAUGGGAGCCCCGCUCCCUGAGUCUGUACUCCAGCUGCACGCCUGACGCCAAAGCUCAGGAAUGUCUGCGUGUGCGUGCUGACGAGCUUAUAUGGAAGCAGUUUGAGUUGAGCUUCAUCAUCGGAGACAAAAUAAAGGCCCUGUAUCCAUGGCAA